AGUUACUGCACCUGGCAAAGAAUUAGUCUGGUACAUAACCCCCCCGUGACACAGCAACUCGUCGUUUUUACACUUUGGUUUUUGAACGGAUUAAACAAACAAGAUAUAACAUGUUACUUAAUGAGCUUCAGAGGUGCUGUGGCUCUCACCUUAAAUCACCACUGAUCCUGCAGAGCUGCUUGUCUGCUGGUGUCUCAGUGACAACAGAGCGGAGAGGCAGCGGAGCCAUGGCGAGUCCCGGACAGAAAGUGGUUCUGAUCACCGGCUGCUCCUCCGGCAUCGGCCUGAGGAUGGCCGUGAUGCUGGCCAACGAUGAACAGAAGCGCUAUCACGUCAUAGCAACGAUGCGUGAUCUGAAACGUAAAGAUAAGCUUGUGGAAGCUGCCGGGGAUGCAUACGGGAAAACUCUUUCUUUGGCUGUACUGGACGUCUGCAACGAUGAGUCCGUCAAACAAUGUAUUGACGGCAUCAAAGAUCGACACGUGGAUGUUCUCAUCAAUAAUGCAGGUAUCGGCCUAGUGGGUCCAGUGGAGAGCAUCCCUAUCGAAGAGAUGAAGAAAGUGUUUGAUACCAAUUUCUUCGGGGUGAUCCGCAUGAUCAAGGAGGUGAUGCCUGACAUGAAGAAAAGGAAAGGAGGACACAUCAUCGUGGUUAGCAGUGUGAUGGGACUGCAAGGUGUGGUGUUUAAUGACGUGUACGCAGCCUCUAAGUUUGCAAUGGAGGGCUUCUGUGAGAGUUUGGCUGUGCAGCUCUUGAAGUUUGAUGUCACAUUGUCACUGAUUGAGCCGGGGCCAGUGCACACAGAAUUUGAGGCGAAGAUGAUUCAAGAUGUGAAGCAGAAGGAGUAUCCUGGAGCUGAUCCUGAAACCGUGCAUUACUUCAAGAACGUCUAUCUUCCUUCUUCUGUUGACAUCUUUGAGACACUGGGACAAACGCCUGAUGACGUCGCCAGAUGUACCAAGAAAGUGAUUGAAGCAAGCAGACCGCGUUUCCGUAAUCUGACCAACCCCUUGUACACACCCAUUGUAGCGCUGAAAUACGCUGAUGAAACUGGAGGCCUGUCUGUCCAUGCCUUCUACCACAUGCUCUUUAACCUGGGUCCUCUGAUGCACGUCAGCAUGAUUGCCAUGAAGUACCUCACCUGUGGAUGUCUGAGGAGCAGGACAGUUUCACCAAAUUAGAAACUUAUAUCUAGACAAUGUGAACAAACAGUUUCCAAGAGUUUAUCUUUUGUGACCUGCCAUAUUUCCUGCUGUAUAUAUGCAGUCUGUAUUGUAAUGAACAGUCCUAUCUAUUUUCUCUUCUCUGUGUAGAGUUGUAGCUUAUGAAUGUACAGCUAUCCCACCUGAAUCCAGAUGAGUUUAAACACCACAGUUUUUAAGAUUUAUUAGCCUACCUCGAGUGCCAAAUGAGUAGGCUUUGCCCUUAUGAGACAAUAUACUGUAGCCUGAUUUCAUUAUUAUAUAAUCAGUCCCGCACAACUUCCCAUUUGAGAUUGUUUUAUACUUCAACUGGUUCAGAAAGAUGUCCUACACCUUGUUUAUUUGUAGCCUAUCUAUUUGCAUCUAUCUACAUAUUUUUCAAAUUCCGCCAAUGUAAUGGAGCAACUGUUUUGGCAUUAAAUAUUGUAAUUUAUAACUUCCA